AGAAUUACUUCCGGGUCACAUGCAAAGAUCGUUUAUUUUAUUUAUGAAUUUGAAAAUGUAUUACAACUAUUAUUUUGCGCUCUGUAUGUACUUUGCAUGAACAGAAAUAUAAGGAGUAUUUUAAGGAUAAACUUUUUAUUUUACGUUAGCAGGCGUUAGACCGUUGCUAUAGUAACGCACACUGAAAUUCAGAGACAACUGUUAGCAGUUUAGCCAACUGGCAUCCUGCAAGUAUCUCAUCAGAAAUGGAGGAGCGCUUUGCCUUUCUCACAGAGUGGUAUGACCCCAGCGCUGCUCUCCUCCGGCGCUACCAGCUGCUGUUUUACCCUAAAGAUGGCUCUGUGGAGAUGUUUGAUGUUAAAAACCAGCGGACCUUCUUAAGGCGGACUCGGUACGAGGAGCUACGGCAGGAGGAUCUCUUUGUGGGAAACCGGGUGAACAUCUUCUCCCGGCAGCUCAAUCUGAUUGGCUACGGGGACCAGUACACUGCUAACAAGCUGGGUAGCAAAAAAGAACGAACGCUUGCCAUGGUAAAACCAGAUGCUCUGACGAGGAUUGGAGACAUCAUCCAGACGAUUUAUGACAGAAACCUCAUCCUUACAAAAGCAAAAAUGACUAAACUUUCUUGGGAACAAGCAGCGGAUUUUUACGCAGAACAUCAGUCAAAGUCUUUCUUUAACAACCUCUUACAGUUCAUUACCUCCGGUCCUGUUAUUGCUAUGGAUAUAAUGGGGGAUGAGGCAGUAUCCACCUGGAGGGAGCUCCUGGGCCCUACAGACUCUGACACAGCCCGCAGAGAAGCUACACAGAGCCUGCGGGCUCGGUUCGGCACAGACGGCACCCAGAACGCUGGGCACGGGUCAGAUUCAUUGGCCUCGGCGGCAAGGGAACUGGAAUUUUUUUUCCCAUCGACAGUGGGCCGUGGCCCCCCCAACACUGCAAAGUGUACAGACUGUACCUGCUGUAUCAUCAAACCACAUGCCAUUUCAGAAGCUCUCACUGGGAAGAUCUUGAACUCCAUUAACCAAGCGGGAUUUGAAAUCUCAGCCCUUCAGAUGUUCAGCAUGGAUCGAGCCAACGCUGAAGAGUUCUUUGAAGUUUACAAAGGUGUAGUGGCUGAGUACCCUAGCAUGGUGUCCGAGCUCUGCUCUGGACCUUGUAUGGCCCUGGAGAUCCACGGAGCUGAGGCUCCAAGAAGAUUUCGGGAUUUCUGUGGACCAGCAGACCCGGACAUUGCCCGCCAUCUAAGGCCAGCUACGCUACGGGCACUGUAUGGCAAAAACAAGAUGCAGAAUGCAGUCCAUUGUACGGAUUUACCAGAAGAUGGAAUUUUGGAGGCGCAGUAUUUCUUCAAGAUUUUAUAUGGGUAACGUGUGCAAAUAAUUGACGACAAAGAAAUGAAGUAAUAUUUUUAUUUUCCCCUACUUAAAUUACAAGAACAGAUGUUCUGUAUAUUUUCAUGUUCAACAGUUAACUUUUUUCAUACAUCUUAACACCCAACAAACUCUUAAUACAUCUGGUAAAUACAUUGUCUUUUAGUAUCUACUAUCCUUAAACCUGUGACUUUGGUAUUUUAUUUAUAUAUUACAGGUUUCUGCAGAAAAAAAUAUUGUACAGCUGCAUAAAUAUAAAAAUUCUUCCAUCAUGAAAA